CUCUAGGGCUAAACUUUCUCUCUCGCAUUCCGACUCUCCAUCUUCUCCGUCUCCCUCUCGCGCGAAAUCUCAUGGCGCCGCCUCCUGGACCUUACUCCGGCACCAGCACUCUCGCUCUGGUUGCUCGGGCGUCUGCUUUCUCCUUUGGAGUCGUUUAUGGGAGCAUCAAACUCAAAUAUUUGAAGGCAAAGGCAAAUUCCCAAAGGAAAGCUGAAGCAAAGGCUCACCACUAAACCAAAAGAAUUUUGUUUAUGUUGGGUGAAUGCUUUGAAUUAGGAAUAAUGCACAAAGAUGGAAUUGAACAAGAGUUUCAUUACUUCUUAUAGCUUUUUGGACCUUUGUGUACUCAUCUCAAAUUCUUUUGCAAGUUUUUAACUCAGUAUUUGGACCAUUGUUUUUCCCUGUUAACAAUGGCCUUUAUGCUGGAUGUGUAGUUUUUGUUGAGUAGAAAGCAACGGGGCAAACUAGUGAUGAAUGCUCUGUGCUUUCCUGAUUAAAAUAAUAAUGUUAUUGACUCCCA